CCAAGCUGAGCUUCCGAGCACGUGGGACCCCGCGCGGUGGCGGGACACUGGCGAGAGCUCCAGGCCACCGCGGGGAUCGCCUUGGGGAAGGACGAGCUCAGAGCGGAGGUGAAGGGCCGGGUGAGCGCAGAGAGGUCAGCGGGCGCAGAGCGGGCGGGCGCGGCCGGGGGAGGCGCUGGGACGCUUAGCUCGGGUGCCGACUCAGCGGCGGGCAGGGAGACUGCCGCGUGCCUCUGGCCGUUCCACUGGGGCGCAGAUCAGAGCCGGGGUGCAUCGCAUGCAUAACGACAGUGGAAGCACGCUGCGGAUCCGUGUUGAACUUGGUCUCCAGUGGAGCGUAAUCUCGAGCUCCCAGCAGCCGGUCCAGGCGCGCAUUCAUGAGUGAGGAACCUGAGCCUGCGUUGAGCAUCCCGACCCAGAGAGCAGGGGCUGGUCAGGGUAAUGGCUGUGGACGUGGGCCCCUGGAAUGACACCAUCAACGAUACCUGGGAUGGAGAUGAGCUGGGCUACAGGUGCCGCUUCAAUGAGGACUUCAAGUAUGUGCUGCUGCCGGUGUCCUAUGGCGUGGUGUGUGUGCUCGGGCUGUGUUUGAACGUUGUGGCGCUCUACAUCUUCCUGUGCCGCCUCAAGAGCUGGAAUGCCUCCACCACAUACAUGUUCCACUUGGCUGUGUCUGAUGCACUGUACGCGGCCUCCCUGCCGCUGCUGGUUUAUUACUACGCCCAUGGUGACCACUGGCCCUUCAGCACAGCGCUCUGCAAGCUGGUGCGCUUCCUCUUCUAUACCAACCUCUACUGCAGCAUCCUCUUCCUCACCUGUAUCAGUGUGCACCGGUGCCUGGGCGUCCUGCGCCCUUUGCGAUCCCUGCGCUGGGGCCGGGCCCGCUAUGCCCGCCGGGUGGCAUUGGCCAUUUGGGUGUUGGUGCUGGCCUGCCAGGCACCUGUGCUCUACUUUGUCACCACCAGUGUGCGUGGGGCCCGAAUCACCUGCCAUGACACUUCGGCACCUGAACUCUUCAGCCACUUUGUGGCCUACAGCUCCAUCAUGCUGGGGCUGCUCUUCGCAGUGCCCUUCGCCAUCAUCCUGGUGUGUUACGUGCUUAUGGCUCGGCGGUUGCUCAAGCCAGCUUACGGGACCACAGGAGGGCUGCCCCGGGCCAAGCGCAAGUCAGUGCGCACAAUCGCCCUGGUGCUGGCUGUUUUUGCCCUCUGCUUCUUGCCUUUCCAUGUCACCCGCACCCUCUACUACUCUUUCCGCUCACUGGAUCUCAGCUGCCACACUCUCAAUGCCAUCAACAUGGCGUACAAGAUCACCCGGCCACUGGCCAGUGCCAAUAGUUGCCUUGACCCUGUGCUCUAUUUCCUGGCUGGCCAGAAGCUUGUCCGCUUUGCCCGAGAUGCCAAGUCACCCGCAGACCCCACCCCCACCACCCCAGCUCGCCGCAGACUGGGCCUCCGCAGGUCUGACAGAACUGGCACCCAGAAGGGAGAGGUGUCAGCCAGCAGUGAGGACUCUCAGUGGACAGAGCCCCCGGUGGCUAGAAGCGAGAACACUAAGGACAUCCGGCUCUAGGACUUGAGCCCCAUGGGCUUCCGCGAGGUUAUAUGGAGGAGCUGUCGGGACCAUGGCUCAUUCAGAUGGAACAGUCUUCCCAGAUAUGGACCAGCAAUGACAUUGUCACUAGCAGAGGCUGAGGAUGCUCUCUCCCUGUGGCCCAGAAAGGUGCCCAGCUCCAGAUUCCCCAGUCGUCAUUUGUAUGAGUGAGUGGAGACAGGGAAGUGUUCCGGUCCUGUGCCACCUGGCUCCCAUGCAGAGAGCUGGCUUUUCCUGUCUGGCACCUCGGCACAUAGCAGAGGCCCAACCUAAGCCAGGCCCAGAGAGGAAGAUCACUCAUCAAGGCCUCACAGCAGGGUGUGGGCCUGAGCUAGCUAGAGUGGGGGCAGAGUCACAGGCUGACCAGAGGACCCUGCUAAGGGAUCUGGGAUGGCACUGAGUGCCACAGUGGCCUCAGCUCAGACAUGUACCCCCAGCCUAAGAGAUGAACAUCUGGAGCUGACGGCAUAUGUCCAGUGGAGGCUCCCCUGGGGUGGGACCCAGUUUGCAGCUGAAACAUACUAAAGAUUGUACUGCUUCUUGAGUUGUGCUGUGGUAUAUGGCCAGAGGGUGGGGGCACGGCCUAGGAAGCUUCCCACAUGUGCACAAGGGCCUUUCUCUGACCUGCUUUCUUCUGUCACCUACCUUCCCACUAGCUGCUGCAGGGUAGUCUAUUAGGAAUCCCUCUCCAGAUCCUGGGUAUGUCCUCACUCUAAAGUCAGUUGGCUUCUGUCCCUGUCUCUGUGUGAGGCAAAGAAGAUUCAAUCCCAGGGUUCCCCAGUUUUAGUGACAGCCAGUAACAUUCUGGUAAAUGUUAAAGUGGACCUUUGGGGUGUUGAGGGACCCCUUGUUUGUAGCAUUGCCUAUUGCCAUUCCUGCCAUGGCCAAUUUCAAACCGUCAAUGCAGUGUCA